AUGGCUGACAUGACGAAGCAGGUUCGCCAGGGCUGCUUCUUCACGCAUCUGGGCAUGGUAAGAUCAUAUCAGAGAUCCAAAAUGUAUAGCACUCAAAUCGCGUGGGUUGAGAUGUUUGGGGUGAACGGAAACGUCGGAACUUCCAACGCCGGCGGCCUGUUCGUCGCCAAUGGGCUGCCUCUGGACAAGCUUUCAUUUUCCCAAGGCUCAUACUCGAGUUUCCAGUACCUGGUCAAUUCCCGCGCCGAAGCGACAGUCUUCUCCGUACACUUAUUUGAGGAUGUGCAGGCGUCUCUAGAUCUGGUAUCUCAAGAUCUGGUGGAUAAGGGCAAGGCGUCAUAG